GUAGUGAAAAUUUUCUUGUCUAAUCAAUAGUGCAAAUAUUGUGAGAAAAAUUGAUAAUUUGUGGAUAAAAAGAAAUCUCGGGGAUGUCUUUCGGGUUUAACCCCCUUGGGAAUAAUCCCCUUCACGCGAUGAUGCCUCUGAUGGGGAAUCUGCCGAAUGGGGCCAAUUUCAUGACUUCCCUGGCUGCUGGCAUCCCUCCAAUGGCGGGGCCAUCGCACACGGUCAUGGCCAACCUGUCGGCGGUGAGUGACUCCGCGCUGGACUUCAAGAAAAACCAGGGACAGGCGCCCGGAGCGGCUCCGAUGGAUCUGGAGACGAACGAGCCGGAGUGCCGCGCCGGGCAGAAGGACAAGGCCGAUAUCGCGGAGCGCAGGAGCAGCGAGGGGAGCAGCAAUGGGCUGGAGGAGAAGAACUUGGGCCCCAUGUCGCUGCCACAGAGCGAGAUGGUGUUCAACGGAAUGAUGGGCAUGCCGCAGGGAUUCAUGAUGAUGCCGGGCAUGAUGAACGUCAUUGAUCCCUCUAUGCUGGGUCUGCAGCAGUUCCCCAUCGUCGGAGCGCCGCAUCCGCUGCUCGCGGACGGGAAGAGCAGCUCAGCGGGAGCCGGUGUUUCCACAUCAGCGAAGGAAGUCAUCACGUGCAAGUCCUGCACGCUCUUCCCGCCAAAUCCCAACACACCCGCGCCGACGACUCGCGAGAGGCCGCCAGGAUGCCGGACAGUGUUCGUGGGCGGACUGCCUGAGAACAUCGGCGAAGAGAUCAUCAGGGAAGUGUUUGAGAGAUGUGGAGAAAUCACGACUUUGAGGCUGUCCAAGAAGAACUUCUGCCACAUCCGCUUCGCCUUUGAGGCUUCCGUGGACUCGGCCAUCUAUCUGUCCGGCUACAGGCUGCGCAUCACUGGACAAACGGACCUCGCGCAUUCCGGACGCCUCCACGUGGACUAUGCACAGGCCAGAGACGAUCAGUAUGAGUGGGAGUGUCGGCAGCGUCAACUGCAGCGCGAGCAGCGUCACCGGGAGCGUCUUGAGCGCGAUCGCCUGAGACCUCUGUCGCCGCCGCCGAUUGUUCACUACACGGAGCACGAGGCGGCGGCGAUUGCGGAGCGACUGAAGCAGGAUGAGUCCUUCGCUAAAGCCGUGCAGACGCUGAUCGCGUGGCUGGAGCGCGGCGAUUGCAACAAGCGCAACUCCAACACGUUCUACUCGAUGAUCCAGAGCACGAAUGCGCACGUGAGGCGCAUCAGUGGCGAGAAGCUGGCGUACGAGGAGGAGCUGCAGAAGGCGCGCGAGCUGUACAGGAAGCAGACGCAGAGCAUGAUGGUGCAAUUCACUCAGAUUAAAAAAGUGUUCAAUGCUGCUAGUCACAAGAAGGUUUGGGACCAUUUCACCAAAGCACAGAGAAAGAACAUCGAUCUGUGGAAGAGGCAGGCUCUGGAAAUUGCAACAACGCCUCUUGAGGAUCUUCACGAUGAGGACGAGAUGGAAAUGUCCGACGAAGAGAGGGAAUCGUCUCUGAAGAGUGCAUCUAAGAAGGCCAAACUGGACAAUGAUAGUCUCAAGGAGGAGAACGAUAGCUUGAGGUGUCAAUUGGAAGUGUACAAAAAUGAGGUGAAUCUCGUGAAGUCAGACCUGAAAUCUGACACAGACAUCAAAGAUCAGCAAAUAAAGGUGUUGCAAGAGACCAUCAGGAACAUGCAGACGCAAUUGCUUGAGAAUAAGUCGCGUGAGAAGGAGAAAGACAGCAAAAUUGUCGAUUUGGAGGCAAAACUGAAGGCGGCAAAUGUGAAAGAAUUGCUGCUGAAGACCAAAAUUGCCACCAAAUCGUCCACAAGUGCAACCAAAUGCUCCUCAACAGAGUCUGAGGACACGGAGAAUUUCGAUGAGGUGGAAGUGAAGUCAGCAAAGGCAGAGACGAUAAAUGAGUAUCCAAAGAUGAUCAAGAUUGAUCCGGAAGAGGCGCGAAUCAUUGGUCUUGUGUCCACAUUUCUCGUGGUGCAUCCAUUUGGCGCCAGCACGGACUACAUCUGGUCCUACGUGCACCGCGUGGCGCCCCAUUUGCGUCCCAAGGGCCUCGAGGAGCUGCUCAGUCGCUACACCAACAUCUUCGUGGAGCAAGUGACCGGCGUGGGAGCGAAGAUUGAGCGCAAUUGGCGCUUCAGUGGCUUUGAUGAGUGAGAGAAGUCUGAUCCACAGUGUCAAAGAAAAAGCAUCUUUUUCACACCAUUAACACAUCACGCAAAGAUAUUCCUCUUCGUCAAACACAAAUGUUUUAGUCCCGAAUUCAGUACAGAGAUACUAAUUGUAAUUUGAAGGACAGUCCGAAAGGUCAAUUAAAGUAUUACUAAAGUGAA